AUGACACUUUNGGAGAUACAGGAAGAGGGAAUACAGGAGGAAGUGAAGGAGAUACAGGAAGAAGGGAAAUGGGAGGAAGUGAAGGAGAUACAGGAAGAGGGAAUACGGGAGGAAGUGAAGGAGAUACAUGAAGAGGGAAUACAGGAGGAAGUGAAGGAGAUACAGGAAGAGGGAAUACAGGAUGAAGUGAAAGAGAUACAGAAAGAAGGGAAACAGGAGGAAGCAGAGGGAAAAAAAGGAGAGGAAGAACAGCAACCAGUGAAGGAGAUAAAGCAUGAGGGUAAACACAAGGAAACGAAGGAGAUAGAGGACAAGGAGAAACAGGAGAAUUUUAAGGAGAUAAAAGAAGAGGCCAACCCGAAAGAGGAGGAGUUAGAGGAAAAGGCAAAGCAGUGGGAGGAAGAGGAAAUUAAGGAAGAGGAGGAACUGGAUGAGAUGCAGGAUAAGAAUAUAGAGGAGUUCAAAAAAGAUGAGAAGCAGCAAGAGAUCGAGGUAGAGGAGGAAAAACACAAAGAACAAGAAGGGUCAAAAGAAGAUAAAGAAAGAGAGGAGUUAGAGAAGAUGGAAGGAGUUAAGGAAAUAGAAAAGAAAGAGGUUGAACAAACAGUACAGUCUCAAUUUAAGGUUGAGAUUGAAAACAAUGUCCAAUUUUUACCUGACACUGAAAGAGACAAUGAGAGUCCAGAGAAUGUGGAGGGCGACAUAAGGAACAAAGAAGAAGAGGGGAGCCUCAAAUGUCCAAACAAUCUUAGUCCUCAAGCUGGUCAAUACGGAUUUGUGAGGGCCAAAGAUGGAGGUGAUUCUCCGAACACAUUGGGGUUUGUUCGGACCGAUAAGGAUUCAGAGCAAGAGACUACACCUGAAAAAGAGGAUAGGGAGUUAAUCACAGAGGAGGAACAACCAGUGUCAGAUUCUUGGUUGAAUAUGGGGAUUGGGGACAUUUUAGGCUUUAGGAAAGACGAGAGUCAAAUUGAUGAGAGUGCAGAAGGUAGGUUCAAGGAGAUAGAAGAUAAACCAACUUUAAAACAAGAGAAUACCAGUCAAUCUCAGGGCGAACUGACAGAUGCGAACGAAUCAAAGGUUGAAGAAACUCCAAAAGACCAAAAUGAUGGCAGUAAUUCUAUUUAUAUGGGUACUUUAGACAGUAAGUAUAGUGUCUUACCUGAAGAUGCAGAAUCCAAGGUUGAUGUAAAAGAUAUUUCUCCAAAGACUAUAAAUGGUCAUCAGAUGUCCAAAUCAAUAGAAAACGGGGAGGAUGACAGCAACGGAGAGUCAGGAGAAGAUUUCAGAGCUAAAAACGACACUGAUCUGGACUUUCGGACCCAACCUGACCUCACUUUAGGGCCUGACUCAAGUUUUGUGGAGUUCAAUAUAAACGGCACUCAAGAAGGAUUUGGGAGGGCCGAAGAUGGAGGUGAUUCUGCAGAUAAGUUGAGCCAAAUAAAUGAAGGGGCAAUCGACAAUUAUCCUGACAAUUAUCAAAAAUUAGCUGAUAGGAUAGGAGUGAGUCUAAAGGUACCAUUCGAAGGCAUAGUGAGAGAUGACGAUGGAAUGCAGGAGAAGGGGGAAAGGGAUGAUAAUAGGAAUGGAAAGCAGAAUGAGGCAGAAAACAUUGAUCUGCUCGAUUUAGGUGAAAGUGGCCAAAGCUGGGAGGAGAGGGAGAUAAACGUGGAGCUUAAUAAUAUACAGGGGAACAUUUUAGAUGGCAAUGCAUUUGGUUCUGAAGACAGGAAAGACGGAGGAAUCGAGUUUCCAGAUGUCGUAAACCGGGAUAUAAUAUCUGAACAAACUCUUCCGUCUGAUAGUCAGAAUCAAAAGGAAGCAGAGACCGGAAGUGGCGGAGCAUUUGGACUUUUCAAAAAUGCCUUUAGUUUUUUUAGCGAAACCCCCGUUGCCGAAACCAAAGAAUCCAAAGAAUCUACCCCAAAUUUGGAUUCCAACACAGGUGAGACAUCUGAGGAACCAGCAUCUCUUACCCUUGAUCAAGAACUGGAAUCAACCACUGAUUCGAAUCAGGUGCAAGAGUUGCUUUCUUCCAUCACCAUUCCACAGCAGCAACUUCAGCCUUCUCUUACCUCUUCAGAUACAUCGCUUCCGUCCCCAGAAAGCCACCUUCAAAGAAAAACCAUCACCAAAUUGUACAAGAACCUCCACGCCCACAUGAGCGACGACGAGACGACUAUCCUCGUGGAACUCUUUGGGCCAAAUAAGCUGCAGUUCUUGGAUUACAUUUUAGGAAGCUUGGGAACCGUGAACGAUGACCCGGACAAUGAUGAAUCCAUAUUGCUGGAUAUAGAAAUACUUUUGCUUUAUCACAGAGAGGCACUGGUCGCUCCUAGCAUGAGGCUCGCGGAUGCACCUCAGGAGGAUAAAGAAAAGACCAAAGCUCUCAUCGCACUUCAGAAACUAGAAAUGCUUCUGGAAAGAGUGAGAGAGACUUUAAAAUCAGCCGAGGCCAGCUGUGUUGGUGAAUCUUGUUCAACUCGCAUCAAUGAUAAGGAUCAGACCACUGAGGAAGAUUUGUCUGUAGGCCUGGAUGACAACGCUCCAAGAGAUAAUUUGAUGAAAGUUGAUAAGGAGAAUGGAAGACUGAGUGGAGACACAGGAAAUGAGAUGUCGACUGAAGAUGACAAAAAAGCAGAGAAGGGACAAAGAGGGGAAGAAGAGAGAGUGAAAGAGAAUCAGCCAGGAUCACCACAGCCUCUGGAAGGGAUAAUGAAGCACAUUUUGGAUUUAGUUCAUCAGAUUGCUGAAGACUCAACCACUCAUGUUCAUGCAGUGAAGGAGCUCCUUAUAUGGCUUAUUGUACAGGUUGUAUUGGCACUGCCUGAUGACAUCAGACCCGGUCCAAACCUGUACGGGUUGCCAUGGGAACCGGUCAUCGUGUCCGGCCUGGUGGGGCUGGUGACGAUGCUGCUGUUCACCUGUAGAUUUUACAGCUCUGUCAAAAGCAGAAUGUAUCGAAGUAGAGAGCGGAGGAUGGGUGAGCAGGUUACGCAGCUCCUGGAUGAGAAGUGUAAAGUGCUGGAGACUCUCAGCAAAUGUCAACAAGAGGUCUGUACUCGUGCUAAAGCUGACUGA